AUGUACACAACUGUCGACGCGCCCAACACCAUCCUUCAGUAUAAGGGCAAGCUUGCCCACCGUUCCUGGCCACAGCUGCCCCAGGAAAUCGUCAGACUAAUUGCGACCCAUUACCUCUACGAUCUCGCCGUGAACACGUAUUGCCCGCAAACAUGGGAAACAAGACGUCUGUGGCCCUCCAGGAUGGUCUACACCUGCAUACGCGACUCCCUCGAGCUCGAAAAGCACAUCAUGUCUAUAUGUCCGGAAUGGCACAGAGCCGUUGCAAAACAUCCAUUCUGGAAGCAGGCCGUCUCCCUCCUCGAUGGGAACGAUUACCUUCUCCAUCAUAUGGUUAUCCACCCAAAGCCCUCGUUGAACGCCUCCUCCAUGGCUCUCCCGCCGCCCAUAUACCUUUCCCACUACCAACACUUCCGUAACAUCGUUGGCGCAAGCUGUCACGUAUGCCGCAUCAACUAUCCCGGGACAAACCUGGGAUUGACCGCCGCUAAGAAGUUUCUCUUGAACUCCAUGCUCGGCACUGUACAUCUUUGUCGAGAACACGACCGGCGACGCACUCACUUCUGUGGACUCUGCCUACGAGACUCAUUCCCACCCGGGCAUCAAGACCCCGUGCGCGAAUACGAGAUGGCGCAAGCUUUUGGGAUCUUGGAGAAUGAGGACGAGGACACAUGGGCUGGUGUCGAGGCGACCUGCAAAAAGUGUCGCAUGGAGUGGCUGUGGAGGAGAGCCAGCCACAGCCCGCGCGACCAGGAGGCGAUUGGCGGGCCAAACUUUCAGAGCAGCGAUUGGGAGACGAGGCAAUGCCUCGAGGGUUUCAUUGAUCUUGCAGAGGGCAACAUUGCUGAAGUGCUGACUCUGGCGAGGGAGAAGCUCUGGCUGAAACGAUACACGAAGUACGAGAGCCUCGGGUUGCACGCUCUCGCUGCGCAGAAAUCGCAUGGCGACGACCGAGGACAGGAAGAGCUGGAGGAGGAGUACGUGGAGGAAGACUCGGAAGAGGAUAAGGAGCUUAUGUUGAUGAAGGACGCCAACCAGGUUCGGGAGCUAGCUCUACAUGACUGGGCGAGGCAGAGGAUCCUAGACGGACAUUGGAUGAGCCCCGCCGAUAUCUGGUAUCAUCACCAGGUACCCGGACAACCGAGUUCGGUGCAGGCUGUACACCCAUGUCCAUGGGCCCGCGAGGGCUCCGAAGUCGGUACGACGGCAGUGGUGGGGACGAGGACAAGGAGCAUACGGAGACUCAGCACCCACAUCCAGCUAUUGUGGCGGGCGAAGUACCGCCUACAUACCAGCUCUGUGAGCAGGCGUACGCUGCGCAUAUGA